AAAUUUUCCACAAGUCUUCCCUAACCAUCACCCACGACAGCCAGUGCGAACGCUUCCACCACCAAGCAAGCAAUCGAGCCAAGUUCGCAUCACAAACGAACGACCCCAGCAUCGCCAUGAGCAGCCGCAAGGUGAAGAAGGAGGAGGAAGAGGCGCCCGACGUGGCCGACGCCACAGAUACAGACCUUCCUCCAACGAAGAAGGCCCGCAUAGGGCAGCAAAGCGCAGGCGAGGAAGAGUCCAGCAAACGUGUGCCUAAGAAAGAAGAAGAGGUGGAUGACGAUGGCGACGAGGACGAGGAGGCGUUUGGGCGUAGGGCCCGCCGAGCACGCCGUCAGGACGGAACAGACGACCGCUCACGCCGCUGUCCAUACCUCGAUACCAUCAACAGAAACAUGCUGGACUUUGACUUCGAGAAGCUGUGCUCCGUCACCAUGAGCAACCAGAACGUGUACGCCUGCCUUGUGUGCGGCAAGUACUAUCAGGGACGCGGUCCAGGAACGCAUGCGUACACGCACAGCCUCGAAGAAGGCCACCACGUGUUCAUCAACCUGCACACUCUCAAGUUCUACUGCUUGCCCGACAACUAUGAAGUCAUUGACAGCGCUCUGGAUGACAUCAAGUUUGUGCUGUACCCCGUGUACUCCAAGGACUACAUUGCGAAGAUGGACGAGAUUGGCAAAUACUCUCGCGCCCUCGAUGGCACCAGAUACCUGCCAGGCGUGGUUGGUUUGAACAACAUCAAAGCCAACGAUUACGUCAACGUCGUUGUGCAGACGCUGAACCGCGUUGCUCCGUUUCGCAACUUCUUCCUCGACACCACCAACACUCGCCGCAUUCGCGACCGCCUCGUCCAAACAAUGGGUGAUCUGAUCCGCAAAGUGAACAACCCGAAAGCAUUCAAGGGUCACGUGUCGCCACACGAGUUUCUUCAGGCCAUCACAACAUCCAGCAAGAAGCAAUUUCGCAUCACAGAACAGAGCGAUCCCAUUCGCCUGCUGUCCUGGCUCCUCAACACACUCGACGCCAAACUCAGCAAGCACGGACACACCGUCAUCAGCGACACUUUCAAGGGCAAGAUGCUGGUGACGUCACGGAAGCUGCCGCCCACACAGGACAUGCAGGAGGUGGCCAACAUCCGCAUCGACCCAAACGCAGAAGAGUACAAACCAAAGACGACCGAGAUUGAGUACAUGUUUCUCGGCCUCGAUCUCCCGCCAGCGCCGCUCUUCCACGACGAAUUGCAGCAGAACGUCAUUCCACAGGUUGCGCUGUUUGAGCUGCUGAACAAGUUUGACGGCGUGUCUUCGCACGAGUACAAGACGUACAAGGACACGGUCAUGAAGACAUUUCGGCUGAAGACGCUGCCCAAGUACCUCAUCAUGCACAUCAAACGCUUCACAAAGAACACUUUCUUUGUUGAGAAGAAUCCAACCAUUGUCAACUUCCCCGUCAAGAACGUUGACUUGAGCGAUUACAUUGCGGAGGAGGACAAAGAGUCCGGUGACUCGUACCAGUUUGAUCUUCUCGCCAACAUUGUGCACGAUGGCCUGCCCGGUCCGGGCAAGGGAACAUACCGCGCGCACGUCCAUCACAAGGGUUCCAAGAAGUGGUUUGAGAUCCAAGACCUGCACGUGGUGGACAUGCUUCCGGAGAUGAUUACGCUCUCGGAGUCGUACAUUCAGGUGUGGGAGCGCUCGCCCACGCCUGUGGAGGCCCCAGUCAAGGCCAUGGAUAUGAUGAAGGAGGAAGAGGUUGCGGGUCAGGCUCCGGCAUCAUCAACAGCAUGAGGGAUGCAGCAGCACUUUCUUGGCAUGCAUGUGUGUGUGUGUGUGUGUGUGUGUGUGUGUGUGUGUGUGUGUG